ACGUCAGAAAACAAAACCACUAAUUCUUUUGCGUGCAAAGAAUUGUUUUCCAUUCCGAAACCACAAUCUGAUAGGCUGAUGUGGAUAGAACAAAAGAAUAUUCUGGCAUAUAUCUCAAAUGUGACAUCAUAUUUUCGGUGACAACCCCUGAUAUGUUGUCCGGUGAAAGGGACAAAGAAGAAUUGUUUUUCAACUAAAGAUUAAACGUUAUACAGCUGUAUACGCUCUCCUAUUGGCUAUUCUUUAACUGCCGUCCAUAGCGUCUCCUCAUAGAUCCUAGUUGGCACUGGUACGUGCCGUUUGACCUUUUUUUAAAAAUCAGGCGAACGCUUAUAUAUAAUCUUUUCCCUUCUGAAAAAUAUUGAGUUGAGGCGGGAUUCAGACUGGAUUGCUAGGGUAACUAUUACCUCUCGUGAGUUUAGAGCUGACCGCCAUGGUUGGAUGGGAGAUGUUCGAUGCAGUUAUUUGGUAUGCCAGUAAUGCUUCUUGUACUAAGUUGGCUAUUGCAGUACAGAUCCAGGGCUGCAUAAUAUGCUUGAUUCUCGCACUUGGUUGGGCUUUGGCCGCUACUGUUAGGGGAAAAGAGUUGAAGCGGAUUAAAGAUGCAGAAAAGGAUGGUCACAGCCUUGCUUUUCUUUAUCCAAAUAUCAAUGACCUUGAACAUUCUGCUCAGGAAAGGCUGCCAAGAGUAUCUGUUGUGAUGCCUCUAAAGGGUUUUGGCGAACACAAUUAUAGUAACUGGAAAAGUCAGUUGGUCUCUCUAUAUGGCGGGCCUCUAGAGUUCCUGUUUGUUGUUGAAAGCACUGAUGAUCCAGCAUAUCCUGUUGUGUCACAAUUGAUUUUGGAUUUUAAGAACCAGGUCGAUGCAAAAGUUGUUGUAGCUGGCCUAUCAACAACAUGCAGCCAAAAAAUACAUAAUCAACUGGCAGGUGUGGAAAGGAUGCAUAAAGACAGCAAAUAUGUACUGUUCUUGGAUGAUGAUGCUAGACUCCAUCCUGGAUCACUUGGUGCUUUAACAGCAGAAAUGGAGAAAAAUCCAGAGUGUGGAUUGCAGAUAUUUAUUCAGACAGGCUAUCCUUUUGACAUACCUUCUGGUAGUUUGGGGAGUUAUUGCAUAUAUGAGUAUCAUAUGCCUUGUUCGAUGGGUUUCGCUACUGGUGGAAGAACCUUUUUUCUUUGGGGUGGAUGCAUGAUGAUGCAUGCAGAUGAUUUCAGGACAGAUCGGUAUGGAUUGGUUACGGGGCUUCGCAAUGGAGGCUAUUCUGAUGAUAUGACUCUUGCUGCUGUGGCUGGGGCACAUAAGAGACUUAUUAGUUCUCCCCCAGUUGCAAUAUUUGUUCAUCCUCUAUCAAGCGAUCUUACCUUUUCAAGGUACUGGAACUACCUGAGGAAGCAGACUUUUGUUCUCGAGUCAUACAACACAAAUGUGAACUGGAUGAUGAACCGUGGUCUAUUUAUUUUUCACUGCUAUUGUUCGUGGGGUUAUGUCUCACCUUUCGUUAUGGCAUUCUUUCAUCUCAUUGCUGCUUUCCGAUGCACGUUCAGCAAUUACCCUUUUAGUGAAUCAGCUGUAAACACUGGCUUGAUUCUUGUAGGUUGCUUGGCUGUAUGCACCGUAAUAGAAAUUAUUUCUGUUUGGAACAUUACAAGAGUAGAAAUUGAGCUUUGCAAUGCACUAUCUCCAGAGGAGCCACGUGUCUCUAUCAGUCAAUAUAACUGGGGUCUUGUAUUAAUAGCAAUGGUGGUUGAUAAUUUUUUAUAUCCUCUGUCAGCAUUUUAUUCACAUUUUACACAGUACAUUGACUGGUCAGGAGUUCGAUAUCACCUAAAAAAUGGGAAGAUCUCUCAGAUUCAGCGGCACCCAGACUGUGGAACAAAGCCUUUAGAUAAAGGAACAAGAAGGCAGAACCCAAAAGCAAAUUUCUUUCCACAAGGACAUUUUAUUAGCUCUAUUGUGAGAACCAUUGUUUACUGGAACCAACCUAAGAAAUUUGACAUCUAGCAUUGCUAUGCUUCUGUUAUGAUGCAAAUUCUAUAUUCGUUCAGGGAUUCACAACUCAAGAUUAAAUUAUAGAUUCAUUGUUGGAAACUGGGCCUUCGAUUGACGACAGUCCCGAAGUUGCUGCCAUAGUUUCUGAAUUGUGCAGAUGCUUUGGCCCUCUUUAUGUUGAAGAUGUUGAUGGACGAGAUGACUGCACAUUGCAGAAUGAUCUUUACAAGUAACAGGCAUCCCGUUGAUUUUUUUAGCAAGUUGCAGAUUUUUGUAUGCAUAUGGUUUACCAAUUUGUUCUGAUUCCGAGAAAUCAUUAUUUCUUUGGGCUUCAUUGUUGUAUUCAUAAUUGAUUUACCACAUUAUGUUCAUCAGUUGAGGAUAGUGGGAGUCGGCAAUUAGAGCCAAAAAUAUUUGAUAAAUUCAAGACGCUUAAUCUCUAAUUAUUUAUUGCACCUUUUUGCAAUACUGUUCUUCUCAGGCAA